AUGUAUUACGACCAGCUCUUUUUCGCUGCCUUCUUGAUCCACACGACAUUGGCUUCACCAAAUUUUGGUAGAUCAUUUAGGCCGUCAACAAAUUCCAUCCGAUCCAGAAUUCGCUCAAUAUUGCCUUCGCUGAACCUAUCAUGGUUGCCUCCCAGCCCGAAUCUCCAAUCGAGAUCUUAUUCCCCCAGUGCUCUUGAUGUCAAUCCGAAUGGCACGACCUUUCUUUGGCUGCCCGAAGACGAGUAUUCCGGAAGUACCUUUUUCGACAACUUUUCCUUCUAUACUGGUGCAGAUCCAACGCACGGAACUGUGAACUUUCUUAAUGCAACCGCUGCCUUUUCGGAAGGUUUGGCAUAUGUACAGGACAACGGUGUUGUGAUCAUGAAAGGUGAUAACACGACGACCUUGGAUGAGGGAGUAAAUCGGAAUAGUGUCCGAAUAUCCAGUAACAAGCAAUACAAUACUGGACUUUUCAUCUUGGAUACCAACCAAGCACCUUGGGGUUGUGGGGUGUGGCCAGCGUUUUGGACGGUUGGAGGAGGCACUUGGCCAUUGACUGGGGAAAUAGAUAUCAUCGAAGGAGUUCACGACAACGAACAUAACCAGGUCACUUGGCACACAGGUCCCAACUGCACUCUAACUCCAGAAGGCAACUUUACUGGCACAAUCGUGCAAACCAAUGGUGUCAAUAAUACCAAUUGCGAUGGCGAUGCUAACGACAAUGCCGGCUGCGGUGUCACGGAAUGGAGCCGAGCCUCAUAUGGCCCGUUCUUUGACCAACAAGGUGGUGGUGUUUUCGCCAUGAAGUGGGACGAGAACGGUAUCGCAGUCUGGUCAUUUUAUCGCGCAGCGAUCCCUCAGGAUAUCCAGGCAGGAAGUCCAAACCCGUCAGGAUGGGGCAAUCCUGUCGCGGCGCUAGAGCCCGGAGGAUGCGACCCCAUCUCUAACUUUGUGAAUCAUUCCAUUAUUUUUGACAUCACUUUCUGCGGCGACUGGGCAGGCAACUCAUACGCAACAUCAGGCUGUCCAGGGACAUGCUCAGAGCAGCUAAUGGAGCCAUCCAAUUUUGAUAAUGCUACCUGGAGUAUAAACUCCAUCAAAGUAUAUCGCAAGCAACUCCUGAGCGGUCAAAUAACAGGCAAAGCCGUGACUGUACGUUCAAAUCUGAGAUGGGACGCUGUGAUAGCAUUCGCUGCGCUUUUCAUGAUUUCAGUGAUAAUCUAA